AUGACAGUGGACGAUUUUCGACGGAAACGUGGUCGCGGACAACCGCGACAAGCGUUCGUGACCGUCGACGAUCUGAAGACCCCCUCAACAGACGAGAUUGCGAUACCGACGGGCACCAAACGCACCGGUUGGGGCAGCGAGGCUCCCGCAGCCAAGAAGGCCCAGAUUGCCGAGGUUCUGGCGACGACGUCCGUGCAGGAGGGCGUCUCCAACGCCGAAGCCGAGGCCAUCCUCGCGUCCAAACGCAUGUCCGACAGAGGCAGGCGCCAGCGGAAGGCGGUGCGUGGCGGCUUCAAGCGCGCCUACGACAAACGCGAAAGCGACAAGAGGGACGAGGAUUCCCACCGCGUCGGAUUCAGGGUGUCGAAGCACAAGUCGCGUAGCCGGAAGGCCUGCGCCAAAUUCUUCCGCAGUUGCCUUGUCCUUGUCUACGAUCGAUAUCAAAACACAAAGGUUUACUCCAGAUCUCGUAUAACAGGCCAAAUUCAGGCCUCUGUAUGCAAUGCCGUAGGGGAGGGCAAUACGAGGGGAAACUUUGCCCUGAAGUUGGGCGAUUGUGUUGCGUGUUUGUGCGCUUCCCUGCACUGCAUCCAAGGCAACCUCGGCGGCUACAGCAACGGAGCUGGUGCUUUGGCAGCUCUCUCCAACAAUUCUGUUCUCCGACAGAGCGUCUCAGAGAAUCAAGAGCAGAAUCAACAAGUGGGAUCGUCGCAGGUGGUAAACAAUGCUGACGACGAGGUGGACUACAGUUUCUCGCGUCUCUCCGUUAGGGAACGACGAAAACUCUUCCAGGCUGACGAACCGAGGAUCAUUUCCCAAUACGGCACACUGCCUCGCGGUCCGAUGAAUCGCAAUGUCCAGCCAUACAACGGUCCAAUGAAUUCGGAUUUUCAACAGUCAUCUACUAGACAAAAUUGGACAGGUCAAAAUCAGACGACGACGAUGACAACAAGACGCAAUUCAAGCUACGAUUUCAGACCACAGACGAUUGCGUCAUCGCGAGCUCUGGAAAUGCAGUCUACCAGGAAGUCGGUCACCUCCGAGUACGUACAGCCGAACUACGUGUCACCUCGUCAGUCGAGACCGGCGUACAAACCGCAGGCAACUACGCCGACCAUCAUUCAGGCAGGCGAUCAGCCGGAGUUGUACCAGGCUCUGUACCAAUACCCGUCGUCGCCGUCACCACAAUAUCAGGCCCAGUCGUCUCCGACGUCGCGGACAAUUCGUAGAAUGAGCUACUCAACGGGUGUGCGAGAACGCGAUGCCACAUCGCUGGUUCGUGACGUCUGGCAGUCAAACCAACAGCAAUAUGGUCAGCCCUUGCGCGUAAGGGUGUACAACAACGACAGGUCAACAUCUAUGCCUAAUCACGCACAAGUGUCGCAGAACUGGAGCCAGACAUCACCGGUCUACCCAGCCUACCCUCUCUACGGUCCCCGAUCAGCGAAUCCGAACUCACAGGUGUAUCGCGUAGUCCAAAGUCUAAACAGACAAUAUCCACAGACGAUCGCAUCGGGGUAUACUUACUACGCGCCAGUACAGCAGACAACUCAAAUGUACGCACCGCUGUCUUCGAUUCACCGACGCACGCUCUCAACCCCUCAAUUCCCCCAAAAAUCAAUCACAAUUUACCCCACAAUGCGAAAUCGCCGGCAGCCGGAGCCGCCAAGACAGGUUUACCAGAGAAUGCCUUCGCCCAGACCGGCUUCUCAGCAAAUGGCGCCGUCCUCGCGUUCUGAUUGGACGGUGCUCCAGCCAACCAAAAUCGAGCCAAGUCAGGCUGCGCCUGCAUACGUUCGGCCGGCGUCCUUCGGUGGACCAAUGACUCCGAUGCCGCAAACCCACGCAAACAGGCCCCAAGCACCAAUGAGACCUGGCGUCCAGCCAACUCCGCCUCCACCGCCGCCGCAUCACGGACGCUCCGCCACGAUGCCAAAUCGCCCGAAACCCAAGGUCGUCAAUAGGAAGUCGCCUCAGCCCGAUGAGGAUCGAGGCGUGACCGAAUUCUGA